AUGGACCUACCAACAGGAUCCUCGGAAGCACCAGAUCGCGCGGUCUCUUCAGAGCCUAGCUCAACGAGGCCGAACCCCUUCACCGACGGUGACGAUUCUUCUAGGAAACGACGCCGAACGUCCAUGUCUGGUGGCUCCCGGAGCCUCUCCGUCGACAGCACCAAACUGAGCAUCGAUACCUCAAGCUCACCAGCUGCAAACCACCCCGACGAAGCUGCCACACAAGACUCCGCCAUGAAGAUAGACACACAUUCCUCUACCCCGCAAACACCAGAGCGACAGUCGACAGCUCAAGAGCCUCCGACAGAACCUUCCUCUAGCCGGGUCACGAUAAACCUACGCAAUGCCGCCCGAACCGACCCUCCAUCCUCCUCUCCUGUCUCGCCGACACCCCGAAACGUACCGGACCAGACGACUGAACUUUCCGAAGGUGUGAAGAAGAGCGUUGAAGACUUGGACGAAGUCGACAUGGCGCAAGCUCCUAUCGAGAUCACAGAUACCCCACCUUCCUCGUCGUCAAGCCCACAGAGCCCCGAGGUCGAGGUGGUUGCAAUAACCGACGAUGACCAGGAUGCUCCGUACGACGACGAUGUCAGCAUCAUUCGCGAGGAUGCUGCAUCCUUCGACCCGACCCCCGACUUCCCGUACCACGAGGCCCACGAGUCACUUCCUGAUACUGUCACGAAGCUAGUUCAGUACCUAAGUUCCCAAGCGCCCCCGGAAGAAGCUGUGCUAGAGUCUCUGUAUGCCUGGAUGGUCUCAUACGUUAAAUACGUUGGCCUUGUUGGUGGCAGGGUCGCUUACGAGUCCCAAGUGGCUUAUCACACCUUUUGGCACAUGUUUCCCGAAAUCGCCUGGGCGUUGGCGACUAGAAAGUUAGUACUAUGA